GCCCCGCCUGCCCGCAGCUCCCCGGGAGGAAGGACCUGUUUAUCGAGGCCGACCUGAUGAGCCCCCUGGACCGCAUCGCCAAUGUCUCCAUCCUGAAGCAGCACGAGGUGGACAAGCUGUACAAGGUGGACAGCCGGCCAGCCCUCAGCACCAGCGACCAGUUCUGCUUCCUUGUCCGGCCACGGAUCAAGACCAUGCGGUACAUUGCUGAUAUUGUCAAUGCUGACAAGAUGUCGGGGAGGAGCAGGAAGUACAAGAUUAUCUUCAGCCCCCAAAAGUUUUAUGCUUGCGAGAUGGUGCUGGAGGAAGAGGGAGUCUUUGGUGAUGUCACCUGUGAUGAAUGGUCCUUCUACCUGCUGCCCCUGGAUGAAGACAUCAUCAGCAUGGAGCUGCCCGAGUUCUUCCGUGACUACUUUUUGGAGGGAGAUCACCGCUGGAUUAACUCGGUUGCCCGAGCCCUGCAGCUACUGAACUCCCUGUACGGGCCUUUUGGCAAGGCCUACGGCAUCGGCCGGUGCGCUAAGAUGAGCUACGAGCUGUGGCGAGACCUGGAGGAGGAGAGCGAGAGCGAUGGCCAGGGCAGGAAGCCUGAGAUUGGCAACAUCUUCCUCAUGGACAGAGACAUGGACUAUGUGACAGCACUGUGCUCCCAGGUGGUGUAUGAGGGGCUGGUGGAUGACACCUUCCGCAUCAAGUGCGGGAGUGUGGAUUUUGGGCCAGACGUCACCUCUUCUGACAAGAGUAUUAAGGUGCUGCUCAAUGCCCAGGACAAAGUCUUCAGCCAGAUUCGGAAUGAGCACUUUUCCAGCGUGUUUGGCUUCCUGAGCCAGAAGUCGCGUAACCUGCAGGCACAGUACGAUCGGCGCCGCGGCAUGGACAUCAAGCAGAUGAAGAACUUUGUCUCCCAGGAACUGAAGGGACUAAAGCAAGAGCAUCGCCUCCUGAGCCUGCAUAUUGGUGCCUGUGAGUCCAUCAUGAAGAAGAAAACCAAGCAGGAUUUCCAGGAGAUGAUCAAGGCUGAGCACUCUCUGCUGGAAGGUGUUGACGUGCGCGAGAGCACCAGCUUCAUUGAGGAGCACAUCGACCGGCAGGUAUCCCCCAUUGAGAGCCUGCGCCUGAUGUGCCUCCUGUCCAUUACGGAGAACGGUCUCAUCCCCAAAGACUACCGCUCCCUCAAAACCCAGUACCUGCAGCUGGGGCUCUGCGCUGAGCCAGCUGCCCCUCUCCAGAGCUACGGGCCCGAGCACUUGCUGACCUUCCACAACCUGAAGCGUGUGGGGCUGCUGACCGAGCAGGCGGCAGGAGAGACCCUGACUGCUGUGGAGAGCAAAGUCAGCAAACUGGUGACAGACCGCGCUGCAGGAAAGAUCACAGAUGCGUUUAAUUCUUUGGCCAGGAAGAGCAAUUUUCGAGCCAUAAGCAAGAAACUGGGCUUGAUCCCCCGGGUAGACGGAGAGUACGACCUGAAAAUGCCUCGGGACAUGGCUUAUGUGUUCAGUGGGGCCUACAUCCCCCUGAGCUGCAAGAUCAUUGAGCAGGUGCUGGAGCGCCGGGGCUGGCUGGGCCUGGAGGAGGUUGUGCGGCUGCUCAACGGCAAUGAGUUUUCCGUCUCAGACAGCACUGUGGAGGACAACCCCACCUGGGAGUCCCAGCGCGUCAUCCUUGCUGUCUUCCUGGGGGGCUGCACCUUCUCUGAAAUUGCUGCCCUGCGGUUUCUGGGGAAGGAGAGAGGUUGCAAGUUCAUCUUCCUGACCACGGCCAUCACCAACAGCGCCCGCAUGAUGGAGUCCAUGAUCGAGGCCAAGGCCUGAGGCCCGGCCGGGCUGGGGUGGCGGGGGGGCCUCUGCCGCUCUCCGUGCCCCCCUCGUGCCAAUAAACAUAUGUCCUGGCA